GAGAAACAGAGCGUCUUACCAGUUGCGCUGCUGUUCCGUCAACCGACCGGCUCUCCUUCGGCCCUCCCGACGUUCGAUCGUCUGCUCACGUACGCCAUGUUGAAGGAAGCGCUGCCGCUGCCGUGGGGUGCCAAGGAGCUGCUGCAGCAGGACCCAUGGCAGUUCCUGAAGCCAAAUGAUAAGAUGCGCAUCGAGCAGUCGAACAUUCCGUUCGACGCGAAGAAGAUGUGCUGGGUGCCGAAUAAGAAAGAUGGCUUUGUCAUCGGCGAGAAGGUGAAAACGGAAGGCGGAAAAACGACGGUUACCGUCAACGGAGAGGAGAAGGUCUUUAAAGAGGACGACGUACAACAAGUCAACCCUCCGAAGUUUGAGAAGACCGAUGACAUGGCCAACCUGACGUACCUGAACGAGGGUUCUGUGCUGCACAACCUGAGACAGCGCUAUCACGCCUGGAUGAUCUACACUUAUUCGGGAUUGUUCUGCGUGGUGAUCAACCCUUACAAGAGACUGCCGAUCUAUAACGUAGAGGUCGUGGAAGCUUACAAGGGCAGGAGAAGGCCCGAGAUGCCACCUCAUCUGUUCUCCAUCGCUGACAACGCUUACACGGACAUGUUGAUGAACCGCGAGGAUCAGUCUAUGCUGAUCACGGGCGAAUCUGGUGCCGGAAAAACCGAAAACACCAAGAAGGUUAUCCAGUAUUUCGCUAACAUUGCCGCCAGCACGUCAGGAGGAACACAGCAAACGUUCGGUACUAAAGGGGGAACGCUGGAGGAUCAGAUUGUGCAGGCCAACCCUGUACUGGAGAGCUUUGGAAACGCCAAAACUACGCGAAAUGACAACUCGUCUCGUUUCGGUAAAUUCAUUCGGAUCCAUUUCGGACCAUCUGGCAAGUUAGCUGGAGCGGACAUCGAGAAUUAUUUGUUGGAGAAAUCGCGCGUCAUCGCCCAGCAGCCAAUGGAGCGCAGCUACCACAUCUUCUACCAGAUCAUGAGCGGCGGCCUGGAUUACCUGAAAAAGAAGAUGCUGCUCACCGAUCCGAUCGAGUUCUAUCACUUCGUUUCUCAAGGAAAGACUUACAUAGAUGGCGUUGACGACGCACAGGAACUACGGGACACGGACAAAGCGUUCGAUAUUCUCGGCUUCUUGGAUGAGGAGAAGGAGAACAUCUAUAAGCUGGUAGCCGGCGUGAUGCACCUGGGCACUAUGACGUUCAAGCAGAGGCCGCGUGAGGAGCAGGCGGAAGGUGACGGCACUCAGGCGGGAGAGAAGGUCGCCCAUCUGUUCGGCCUCAAUGAUGCCGAGCUCUACAAGGGAUUGCUGAAGCCACGCAUCAAAGUUGGAAACGAGUUCGUCAACAAGGGUCAGAACAAGGAGCAGGUCCUCUACGCCAUCGGAGCACUCGGCAAAGCCAUUUACGACAGAAACUUCAGAUCGCUGGUCAAUAGAGUUAACGAAACUCUUGCGACUAAGGUGAAGAAGAAGUUCUUCAUCGGCGUGCUGGACAUUGCUGGAUUCGAGAUCUUCGACUACAACGGCUUCGAGCAGAUCUGCAUCAACUUCACCAACGAGAAGCUGCAGCAGUUCUUCAACCAUCACAUGUUCGUGCUGGAACAAGAAGAGUACAAGCGUGAGGGCAUCGAAUGGACCUUCAUUGAUUUUGGUCUUGACCUACAAGCCUGUAUUGACCUCAUCGAAAAACCAAUGGGUGUCAUGGCUAUCCUGGAGGAAGAAUCCAUGUUCCCCAAAGCGACUGAUAUGACCUUCCUUGAUAAGCUCCAGGAUAAUCAUCUGGGCAAAUCUCCCAAUUUCAUCAAGCCGAAGCCUCCAAAGGGUGGACAAAAAGAGGCACACUUUGGCAUCGGGCACUACGCUGGUACCGUCAACUACAACGUAAUGCACUGGCUGGAGAAGAACAAGGACCCAUUGAACGACACUGUUUGUGAGCUGUUUGCUAGGUCACAUUCUAAUACCCUACUCGCCCAGUUGUUCGCCGACAAGAUUGCAGAGGAGGUUGACACCGGAGGAAAAGGAAAGAGGAAGAAGGGCUCUGGUUUUCUCACUGUCUCAGCCAUCUAUAGAGAACAACUCAAUAGACUGAUGUCGACUCUGAGAGCCACGGCGCCGCACUUCGUGCGCUGCAUCAUCCCCAACGAAUACUCCAUUCUCUGUCCCGAGGCGGUUCCAACCGAAUACACCGACGGCGCGAAUGUUGCCGCCGCCAUCUUGACGACGUUGAACUGGCCCACGGCCGAGUAUAGGCUGGGAGGCACGAAGGUCUUCUUCAAGGCGGGCGCGCUCGGCAGGCUGGAGGAGCUGCGAGAGGAGCGCAUCAGGCGCAUCGUCACGCUGAUGCAGGCGUGGGCGCGCGGCAAGAAGAUGCGCGAGCAGUACGAGGUGAUGAAGGCGCAGCGUCUCGGCAUGAUCAUCAUCCAGCGCAACGUGCGCAAGUACAUCCAGUGCCGUAACUGGCCCUGGUGGAAGCUCUACACGAAGGUGAAGCCGAUGCUCUCCAUCGCGCGCCAGGAGGACGAGCUGAAGGCGAAGGACGUAGAGAUUAGCAAGCUGAAGGAGAACCUGGAGAAGGAGAACAAGAUGCGAGUUGACUACGAAGCCGUCAUCGCCAAGCUGACGAAGGAGAAGAACGAGCUGUACGCGCGCUGCAUGGGAGAGAUGGACGCCAUCGCUGACAUCGAGGAGAAGCUCGCAAAACUGAUCUCGCAGAAGGCUGAGAUGGAGCAGCUGAUUGCCGACCUGAGAGAGCGCAUCACCGACGAAGAGAACAGCAACUCAGCCGUCAGCGACGCGAAGAGGAAGAUCGAGUCCGAGUGCGCUGAACUGAAGGGCAUCAUCGAAGACCUCGAGCGGCAGGUGAGGAAGCUGGAGAGCGAGAAGUCCACGAGGGAUCACCAGAUAAAUCAGCUGAAAGCGGAGAUCGCCCGCCAGGAGGAGCUGAUCGCCAAGGUCAACAAGGAGAAAAAGGCUCUUCAGGAAUCUCAGGGGAAAACUUCUGAAGAUCUGCAGAAAGAGGAAGACAAGGUCAACCAUCUCACAAAGGCCAAGGCCAAGCUGGAGCAGAGCCUCGACGAAAUCGAAGACAACUUCGAGCGGGAGAAGAAGCUGAGAGUCGACACGGAGAAGGCGAAGAGGAAGCUAGAGGGAGAUCUAAAGAUGUCGCAGGAGGCCGUCGAGGAACUGGAGCGCGUGAAGCGAGAGAUGGAAGAGAGAAUGCGCCGGCAUGAGAAGGAGAUCGCUGGUCUGGGCAGCAGGUGCGAGGACGAGCAGGGAGUCGUCCACGCGAUGCAGAAGAAGAUCAAGGAGUUGCAGGCGCGCAUUGAAGAGUGUGAGGAGGAGUUGGAAGCGGAGAGGCAGGCUCGCUCCAAGGUGGAGAAACAACGUGCUGACCUCAAUAGAGAACUAGAGGAGUUGUCCGAGCGACUAGAGGAAGCCGGUGGCGCCACCAGCGCGCAGGUCGAAUUGAACAGGAAGCGUGAAGCCGAGUUAGCAAAGCUGAGGAGAGACUUGGAAGAGCAAGCUCUACAGCACGAGGCCACCGUGUCAAUGCUACGUAAGAAGCAGAACGACGUCGUGGCUGAGAUGGGCGAACAGAUCGAGCAAAUGAACAAGAUAAAGGCCAAGCUCGACAAGGAAAAGACAACACUCAAUAUUGAGUUGCAGGACAUGAAAUCCAACAUGGAACCACUCAGAAAAGCUAAGGAGCAGAGCGACAAGCUCGCCAAGUCGCUAGAGAUCCAGCUAUCUGAGGCUAACUCGCGCCUUGACGAGUCUUCCCGCACCAUAAACGGUCUGACAGGCCAGCAGAGCCGCCUCGCUAACGAGACUAACGACCUCCAGCGGCAGAUCGAGGAAGCUGAAUCCCAGAUCAAUCAGCUCAACCGUCAAAAGGCGCAGCUGACACAUCAGCUGGAAGAGGCAAAGACCCAAAUCGACGAGGAAACAAGGACGGCAUCCUCGCUGCAAGGCCAGCUGCGCAAUGCACAGCACGAUGCCAACCUUCUCCGCGAGCAGCUCGAAGAGGAGGGCGAACUCAAGUCUCAGACGGAGCGUCAACUCUCCAAGGUCAAUAGCGAGUUCCAGACACUGCGCGCGCGCGUCGAGGCGGAGGGGCUCGGCGGGGGCGAGUUGGAAGCCGAAGAGCUCAGGAAAAAGCUUAUGGCUAAGCUUGCCGAGAGCCAGGAUCAGGUGGAGUCGCUGCAGGCAAAGAUUAAUCAGCUGGAAAAGAGCAAGACUCGUCUGACGAACGACCUUGAUGACAUGUCGGUUGAGGUAGAGCGAGCGACCGCGAAUGCCAAUGCUGCGGAGAAGCGACAACGCAACUUCGACAAGACGCUCGCGGAGUGGAAGCAGAAAGCGGAUGACAUCUCGGCCGAGUUGGAGGCGUCCCAGCGUGAAUGCCGCAGUCUAUCGACGGAGCUAUUCAAGGCGAAGGCGUCGUCGGAAGAGGCGGAGGACUCGAUUGAAUCGCUCAAGCGGGAGGUGAAGAAUCUAACCGACGAGAUUAAGGACCUCACCGAUCAGCUCGGCGAAGGCGGCAAGAACGUUCACGAGAUGGACAAGGCGCGCAGAAGGCUGGAGCAGGAGAAGGAGGAGCUGCAGUCGGCGCUGGAGGAGGCCGAGGCGGCGCUCGAGACGGAGGAGUCGAAGGUUGUGCGCGCGCAGCUGGAGCUGCAGCAGAUGCGCCAGGAGGUCGACCGGCGUCUCAACGAGAAGGACGACGAGUUUGAGACGACGCGUCGCAACCACCAGCGCGCCGUCGACUCCCUGCAGGCGAGCCUCGAGGCGGAGUCUCGCGGCAAGGCUGAGGCGCUGCGCAUGCGCAAGAAGCUCGAGCACGACAUCAACGAGCUGGAAGUGUCGCUAGAUGGCGCCAACCGUCAGAACGCCGACGCGCAGAAGAAUCUGAAGAAGCUGCAGGCGGACGUCGUCGACCUGGCGGCACAGGUUGAGGAGGAGCAGCGCGUCCGCGACGAGCUGCGAGAGCAUCUGAGUGCCAGCGAGCGCCGCUGCAACGCCAUCAGCGCCGAGCUGGAGGAAACGCGCACGGCCCUAGAGCAAGCCGAGCGCCACCGCCGCGCCGUGGAGGGAGAACUCAACGACGCCAACGACCGUAACGCAGAUCUGCAGAGCCAGGUGACGUCCGUGAGCGCGGUGAAGAGGAAGCUGGAGGGAGACAUAACCACGAUGCAGGCAGACCUCGACGAGACCGUCAACGAGAUGAAGGUCGCCGACGAGAAGGCGAGAUGUGCGGCGGCCGACGCGGCGCGCCUCGCUGAGGAGUUACGGCAGGAGCAGGAGCACGCGCACGCCAUCGACAAGGUGCGCAAGUCGCAGGAGCAGCAGCUCAAGGACCUGCAGGUGCGUCUGGACGAGGCCGAGGCGAACGUACUGAAGGGAGGCAAGAAGCUGAUCGCUAAGCUGGAGCAGCGCGUGCGCGAGCUGGAGAGCGAGCUGGAUGCUGAGCGGCGCCGCAGCAGCGAGGCGCAGAAGAACUUCCGCAAGGUCGACCGGCAGGUGAGAGAGUUGCAGCUGCAGAUCGACGAGGAUAAGAAAAACCAGCAGCACCUCGUCGACAUGAUCGAGAAACUCAACGGCAAGAUAAAGCUCUACAAGCGGCAGAUCGAGGAGUCCGAGGAGGUGGCCAACAUGAACCUGGCCAAGUACCGCAAGGCGCAGGCUGAGUUGGAGGAGGCUGAGGCGCGAGCGGAGGAUGCUGAGAGCGGCCUCGCGAAGCUUCGCACGCACGCACGCAGCAGCGGCGUCCGCCUGGCAGGGGCUGCAGCCCCCAGCCGCCCUAGACGUCGUCUGAUGAUGGAUGAUGAUGAGGAGUAGAGCAGACUCCCUCUAUCCAGCCCGAAUCAACUGCAUUAGACGUGUAGCCUAGAGGAGGGAUUCCGUUCCCGUAUUUAGACAUCCGGAAGAGAAGCGAACGGGACGUCGAGACCUUCAUAACGUAGAUGGCGCUAGCAGUCGCAGCAAAACACACGCUCACAUUUAUAUAUAUUUUCACUAUAAUUAUAUAGAUUUAUUUAUUGUAAAAGUAAUGUAACAUUUGCUCUUUUGAAUUCGUCAUAUGAAAAUUUAUGGUUUACUUAGUUAGAUGAUAACCGUAGUAUGAUAAUGAGCGCAUAAAACGCGAGUAUAAACUUCAUGUUAUGAGCAACCCAAUGUCUGGAACGGAACGCGGCAUCAUCUCAGCUAAGCUGCUACUGAUAGCAUUGCAAUUAACACGUUUAAUUAGAGGUGCUUAAUUACUUGCAACCCGGUGUAAAAUAAAACGAUUCCAAUUUCUCUAGCGAAGAC